GAAGGAGUCCAGAGACAGAGCGCCAUGACUUCUGCGAAAGGUCCUUCAACUGGUGAUCCCACUCUGAGGAGAAGAAUUGAGCCCUGGGAAUUUGAAGCCUUCUUUGACCCCAGAGAACUGCGUAAAGAGGCCUGUCUGCUUUAUGAAAUCAAGUGGGGCUCAAGCCACAAGAUCUGGAGAAACACAGGCAAAAGCACCACCAGUCACGUUGAAGUAAACUUUAUAGAAAAAUUUACCUCAGAAAGACGUUCUGACUCUCCCAUCAGCUGCUCCAUCACCUGGUUCUUGUCCUGGAGUCCCUGUUGGGAAUGUUCCAAGGCUAUUAGAGAAUUUCGGAGCCAACACCCUAGGGUGACUCUGGUUAUUUACGUAGCACGGCUUUUUUGGCACAUGGAUCAACAAAACCGGCAAGGACUCAGGGACCUCAUCAACAGUGGGGUCACUGUCCAGAUGAUGAGAGUCUCAGAGUAUUGUCACUGCUGGAGGAAUUUUGUCAACUACCCACCUGGGAAAGAAGCUUCCUGUCCAACAUACCCACCUCUGUGGGUGAUGCUGUAUGCACUGGAACUGCACUGCAUAAUCCUAAGUCUUCCACCCUGUUUAAAGAUUUCAAGAAGAUGUCAAAAUCAGCUUACAUUUUUCAGACUUACUCUUCAAAAUUGCCAUUACCAAACGAUUCCCCCCCACAUCCUUUUAGCCACAGGGUUGAUUCAGCCUUCUGUGACUUGGAGAUGAAUAGAAUGAUUCCUUGCCUGUACUGUCUCAAGAACAAACCAUGGUGACCCACUAAAGAGUGAAUGCCAUUAAGAAUCUAGAAAUGUUCACAGAUUACCCCAAAACUUUGUAGCUUUAAACAAAAAUAAAUAUUUAUUAUCUCU